UGGAAGAUUUGCUAGUUUAUCCAGGAUGUUUCUGUUGCGCGUCGUCGCUUUAAUAUGUUCUCUGUUCAUAUUUUGUUUGUUGCGGUUGCACCCGACUUAAGAGCCGCAUGGCUCACAGGGCUAUACCUAAUAAAUCAAACUUGAAUGAAACUUGAAAGGAACACGCAUCUUAAGGAACAGAAGCAGCAGCUUGAGGCACAGAAAGAACUUGAGGAACAGAAGCAGCAGCUUGAGGCACAGAAGGAACUUGAGGAACAGAAGCAACUGAAGAAACAGAAGCAGCUCAAUGAACAGAAGCUACUUAAGAAACAGAAGCAGCUUGAGGAACAAGCAGCUGAAGGAACAGAAGCAGCUCAAUGAACAGAAGCAGCUCAAGGAACAGAAGCAGCUUGAGGAACAGAAGCAGCUGAAGGAAGAGAAGCAGCUGAAGGAACAGAAGCAGCUUGAGGAACAGAAGCAGCUCAAUGAACAGAAGCAGCUCGAGGAACAGAAGCAGCUUAAGGAACAGAAGCAGCUUGAGGAACAGAAGCAGCUCAAUGAACAAGAAAAGCAGCUCAAGGAACAGAAUCAGCUGAAGGAAGAGAAGCAGCUGAAGGAAGAGAAGCAGCUUGAGGAACAGAAGCAGCUCGAGGAACAGAAGCAGCGUGAGGAAUAAAAGCAGCUGACGGAAGAGAAGCAGCUUGAGGAAGAGAAGCAGCUUGAGGAACAGAGGCAGCUUGAGGAAGAGAAGCAGCUUGAGAAACAGAAGCAGCUCAAUGAACAGAGGCAGCUGAAGGAAGAGAAACAGCUGAAGGAACAGACGCAGCUUGAGGAACAGAAGCAGCUUGAGGAACAGAAGCAGCUUGUGGAACAGAAGCAGCUGAAGGAACAGAAGCAGCUCAAUGAACAGAAGCAGCUGAAGGAAGAGAAGCAGCUUGAGAAACAGAAGCAGCUUGAGGAACAGAAGCAGCUUGAGGAACAGAAGCAGCUGAAGGAACAGAAUCAGCUCAAGGAACAGAAGUAGCUGAAGGAACAGAAUCAGCUCAAGGAACAGAAGCAGCUGAAGGAAGAGAAGCAGCUUGAGGAACAGAAGCAGCUUGAGGAACAGAAGCAGCUUGAGGAACAGAAUCAGCUCAAGGAACAGAAUCAGCUGAAGGAAGAGAAGCAGCUGAAGGAAGAGAAGCAGCUUGAGGAACAGAAGCAGCUCAAUGAACAGAAGCUACUUAAGAAACAGAAGCAGCUUGAGGAACAGAAGCAGCUGAAGGAACAGAAGCAGCUUAGGGAACAGAAGCAGCUUGAGGAACAGAAGCAGCUUGAGGAACAGAAGCAGCUGAAGGAAGAGAAGCAGCUGAAGGAACAGAAGCAGCUUAGGGAACAGAAGCAGCUUGAGGAACAGAAGCAGCUGAAGAGAAGCAGCUUGAGGAACAGAAGCAGCUUGAGGAACAGAAGCAGCUGAAGAGAAGUGGCUUGAGGAACAGAAGCAGCUUAGGGAACAGAAGCAGCUUGAGGAACAGAAGCAACUUCAAAAGCCACAGGAGCUGCUCUUUCGUCGAGUCUCAAG